AUGGUAAUUAUGGAAACCCGUCUUGGGGGAGAAAGAGCAAGGGAGAUCACUGACAGACUACUAUUUGAUGGUGCAAUUAUUACGGAGACAAUUGGCCGUUCUGGAGGCUUGUGGCUGCUGUGGAAUUCAGACAUGGUGGAGAUUGAUCAGCUGGCUACUACAGAACAAGAGAUUCAUGUUGAAGUCAAGGUACUAUCCUCUAAUCUCUCCUGGUUUUUUACUACAAUUUAUGCUAGCCGGAGGAGUGAGGAGAGAAGUAUUUUGUGGAAUAAUUUGUCCAGAGUUGCAGAGAUGCAUAAUAAACCCUGGGUGAUAGCUGGUGAUUUUAAUGAACCCCUAAUUGAUGAGGAUAAGAUGGGGGGUAGACCAGUGAGCAUUAAUAGAUCCCUUCUAUUCGAGGAGUGCUUAGAUAGGUGUAAUAUGGUGGAUUUAGGGUUCAAUGGGCCAAGGUUUACUUGGAAAAAUAAGAGAGAUGCCAACUGUUUUAUCCAGGAAAGGAUUGAUAGAUACUUCAUGAAUCCAAGUUGGUGUCUUUUGUACCCGGAAGCCAGAGUUUCCCAUCUCACGAGAUGUCACUCGGAUCACUACCCAGUUCUUCUUGAAACUCUGCCUAGGAGGAUGAAUUAUCUUAACAGACCGUUUCGAUUUCAAAGCUUCUGGCUCUCCGACCCAUCUUUUCCGAGAGUAGUAAAUCAGGCGUGGAAGAGGUCUGCGGAGCUUUCGGAGAAUAUAUAA